GUCCCACGUUGUUUCAUCAGCGUUUUGCUCCGACUGGCGUCAUCAGUGCAGUUAAGGACAAGCCAGUGCAGCGCUGAGUUCGAUGCCUCCGGAGCUACCGAGAGAGCUUGCAAUUAAUAGGUUACAAGCACAUUAAUAUUAACGAACGGAAUGUUUGCAUAAUUGCGCCCGAUUGCAUGUAAGCUAAGGCAAAAAAAAGAAAGAAAAGGCGAUUCGGGAUUGCAGUUGCUUCAGCAGAGGUUACGGACUCGGUAGCAUGUAACACGACCCCAGCAGCAGCGCUGAGGGGCAGAGCCUGGAUGCAGCACAGGGAACUUCGCCGUGGGGCAGGGAGCUGCGGAGCCCGGAGCGAUCAAUGGAGAGACCGAACAGCAUCAGCAGCCGCCGGCGAAAAGACCUAAAUCGCUGCUAAUAUAUUCCCUAUAGAUACAUUUAACUGGAAGGUAUGGGAUCUACGGCUGCGCAUCACCUUUCAAGCCCUUUGUCGUCGGAGAAUUAGGGCGAUCCCCUUUUACAAAAGCUUUUCUAUUUUAACUAGGUGAUCAAUGUUUUCUUUAUUGAAAAAGAGAAGUGACAGUAAUGUUUCAGCGCUGGUUCCCGCAUUGAUUCCAUCAGUUCAAGGGUUUGCAUCCUAGGAAACUCCGCGCAGGACUGACGCGUUUUGGUUUGGUGGGUGGGUAGCUGGGGGAGGGGAUGGAGGUUGGAUUGGGGGCAUCGUGAAUACGGUGAGCGCUCGCCCAUUUUACCUACUUACUAUGUUUUUUAUUUACAGCGAAAUCGGCCGAUUAAUUUUGUUUAGGGAAAAAUGAACUCUCUACUUUUUUCUGAGUUAUCUGGUAUCGUCGCGGUCCCAGCUGGGGGGGCCUCUAUUUCUUCUGGGGCCACCGGCACAGGGACUGCGGUGACUGCUGCUCUGCGGAACGACUUGGGCUCCAACAUCCAUGUUUUGAAGACCUUGAACCUGCGGUUCCGCUGCUUCCUGGCCAAGGUGCAUGAGCUGGAGCGCAGGAACAAACUGCUUGAGAAUCAGCUGCUGCAAGCCGCUGAGCAGAGCCGCUACCGAUCGCUUUAUACCCGCGAGCAGGCGGUGCAGACGGACUGCUUUCAUCCUGAACAGCCGGUACCGGGGCCUCACCUCCAGUCACGGCUGCCCGGCACCAUCUGGAGUUUCACGCACGUUAGGAAAUACGGGGAGAGAUUCGAGACGCUCCAUGGUCCUGGCGUCUCCUGGACGCACCCGGACGGUGUCGGGGUUCAGAUCGACACCAUCACCCCUGAAUUAAGGGCGCUGUACAACGUGCUGGCCAAAGUAAAACGGGAACGAGACGAGUACAGGAAGAAAUGGGAGGAGGAGCUCUCCAGAUGCCAGCAGACGGAGUCCAUGGUGGAGGCCCUGCAGGCGAGUGCCCAGGAGUCAGAGGUCAUUCAGGAGGAGCUGAAAGAGAAGGUGGAGAGAUUGAAGGCCGAGCUGGUGGUCUUCAGAAGUCUAGUGUCGGACCAAAUGUCGGAGUUGGACACCAAGAUCCAGGAGAAAGCCAUGAAAGUGGACAUGGACAUCUGCCGGCGCAUUGACAUCACGGCCAAGCUGUGCGACGUGGCGCAGCAGCGCAACUCGGAGGACAUGUCCAAGAUGCUCGGCGUCAGUGGGACCAAAGGAAAGUCCGACCAGAACAAGGGCACCAUGACCUACAGGAAGAAGGACCGCAAGGCCGUGUGGGAGGACGACAGUUCCGAGAUGGACGGCGACCCCAGCACCUCCGAGGAGGAGCCCCCAGGAUCGCUCAACAUCACGGACGAGAUGAAACGGAUGCUCAACCAGCUGAGGGAGACGUUCGACUUUGACGACGACUGCGACAGCCUGACGUGGGAGGAGAACGAGGAGACCCUCCUUCUGUGGGAGGACUUCGCUAACUACAACACCCCCGCGGCUGUGGCAGGCAGUGCUGACUUCCAGGGGGACAGUCUGGAGCCUGACUCUCAGGAUGGAAGCCUGGGGAACCUCAUAGACGAGACAGAGUCGCUAUUCAAGAGCAGAGAGCAGGAGUACCAGCAGACGAUUGGGGAGAUCGAGAUGGAGCUGGCGUCGGCCAAGAACGACAUGAACCGGCACCUGCAUGAGUACAUGGAGAUGUGCAGCAUGAAGCGUGGCCUGGAUGUGCAGAUGGAGACGUGUAGGCGACUGAUUAAGUGCUCCGGAGGCACCGGCAGAAAUUCCCCGUCUUUCAGUUCGGUGGCCAGCAGCGACUCAGGGAACAUGGACGAGAUCCAGGACGACCUGGAAAAGGACAGAGAAGGAGAGGGCCUCGUCAGCUGAUGAAGACUACAGCCUCUGUCGUCUGCCUGACUCAUCCCUACAGAUUAAAGGGAAACGAUCAGAGGAGUGUGGAAUGCACACGCAUACACACACACACGCACACACACGCACACACACGCGCACACACAUGCUCGAAAGCUCUGCUCCUCUCUCAUCAGCGGGACCCUCACAUUGGGGGCUGACUCCCACACCGUGAGUAUUGGUGCUUAAUAUCCCCCCACCCCCCCGUGUGGGUAAUGGGUGGCCCUUCCUCGACUUCCUGAGCAUAAAACUACACGGACGCAGCAUCAGUUAGUGUUACAUCUGUACCCCCCCCCUCCCCCCCCGUGCCAUCACUGCCGGGUGCCCACUUCCUGCUGCUUCCGUGCCUGCAAUCCCAUGAGCCUCCGGGGCACCGCUCACAGACCUCCCCCCUCCCCCUCCCGGAGUUGGGCCGGAGGUGACUUCGGCUGUUUGAGAUGCCCCUGGGAACCACAGAUAAGCCCCCCAGGACAGAUGUCGGCAGCUGGAGAGGUGAUUAGAGAUGCGAUGGCGAGGAACUCAGCUAUCCAAAAUGUCCCGGGAUGCCGCUUUACGCGGCGGACAGACACAUUGUCACUGGAGAGUUUGUACCUCACGCCUGCCAACGUUACCCAGAGUACAGGGCUGUAGGAAAGGUCCCAGCUGCCUAGAGUCAUAUAGGAGAUUAGGAGGGAUUACAGGAGGUAAUUGUGACACACACAAGGAGCCAGGAAGUGCCCCCCUGCCCAGCCUAAGAGCACCUGGAGCGUUAAAUCCGGCCGUGGGAAGCACGCUGGGACCAGCGGGGACCAGCGGUGCCUCAGGCAAUUACCGCGGCCUUGCUGAAGUGCUUGUAACACUGUGUUUCACACACUAUGCAAUAAGCCUAUUUUGGAUUAAACCUUAAUUACUAUUAUUUGCCUUAUUAUGUUGCUGGGCAGGAAACAUGCUUCUGUAAAUAAGACUUGGUUUGAUUCAUUUUUUUGAUCAGAGGUGCACAAUGUUUACUUAUUUAGGUAAACAGAACAUGAAAGGGGGCGAAGUCUACAGGAAUAUUUAAAAGCGAUGUAUCUAUUCCCCAGUAUAAAACCACGUGCCUACCGAUGUGUACAGAGUCUGAUUUGAUUGCCUUAUUCCAUGUUUUCAGUUAUGUUAAUUGUACAUACGGUUUUAAUACGUUUUCAAUACAGAAUGUUGUGGAACUGAAAAUGGUCAACUGACUUUUAAUAUUCUUCAUGGGCCCUCUUUAAAGAAUGAAUUUAGGUAAAAUUGAUUUAAAUUAGUCUCAUCAUGGACCACAUGAUUUAUAUAAACUGUACCCAAGGUGUGACUUAGGAAUCUCGCUGCUCAUCUCAAACUUGAUAAGAUGUGUUACACAAAAGUGGAAAAUAUGUUGGAUGCUUGAACUUCUACGACAAACUGUCUUACACCGAUAUCCCCAUCUCUUCUUUGUUUUUGAAGAUAUUUGUCACGUGUGUUUAUCCCUGACCAGUCUAAAAUCACUAAUAGUGAUUUGUACUGCUGAGUAGAUCACUAAUCCCUCAUUGGUUCAAUCCGCUAAUGAUGUUCUGAGCUCAUUGGCUGAAAGCAUGAGCUAAUUAGUUUAACUCGCUCAUGUGAAAUGCAACCAUUAUCCGAAGGUAGCUUUUUCAUUGUAUUUUCUUCUGUUGUAUUGUUUUCCAAUUUUUGAAAUUCUACAUUUUACAUCCAUUGUAUAUAUUGUUUUUUUUUAAUCAAAUCUUACCUGAAAGGUCUGUUAUUAUUCAAAACACAUUUCAAACAGGCUUUUUGUUAUUGUAAUGGGUUUUAUGUUCGACUAAUUUUUCGAUAGAAUACAAUAGUAGCCAAAAGAGGAAUGCGUAACUGUAUUUUAUUUUUAUUUCCCGGAUACAGCUUUGCGUAGCCUCUAAUACCCACUGAAUUUCCAAUCAAACUUAAUUACACUCUGAAUUUAAUAAGGGCUGUGUUAAUAUCUGCCACAUGUGCACUGUACCAGUUACUACACAACGCCAGACUUUCUGCAGUGGAGGGGAACUUAAAGACAUCGAUCAGUAACUUCAGCUACUCCCUAUAAAGACUUACUGGGCACCAGUGCCCCCAGCAGUGGUAUGAGAAAGACCUACGUCAUCAGCCUAUCACACUUCAGAGCUUCUGCAAAACCACAGCAGUGGGAGCGCCUCAGCAGGCUGCCUCAUUGCCGCCCCCUGCAGGUCUGCUGUGCAUCUGCGCAUCAGUAUUAAUUUAGCUGAGAGCAGCGUGUGGCCUGAUUUCUUUGGGCAGAUGUUAGGGACUCCUGUGCUUUCUGGGACGCAGAUUAUUAGUUCUGCAUAUGGGAUUUAGUCCUGUGCUCAAAUUACUUGUCUCUGGCCAAGUGUCACAUUGACACGGUUCAUUCUAGACUUGACAAUAUAGCAAUCAUUCAUUUUCCUAGGCAUAAUAUAAAAAAAUAAUAAUUUUGUUGUAAUAUGCUUUUAAAAGAAAACCACUUUAGAUACAAUAAGAACAAUGAAGGACAAUUUAUAAUUCUGAUCAUUCACUUGCCAAGAAACAUUCAUGAGGCACCUAGAAAUGUAAUAUACAAAAAAACGGGAAAAAUAAUUUUAAUCCGACCAUUAUAAAGUAUAAAGUACUUUGGGUCCUUCCUCAAAAACUCUGAGGGUUUUUGAAUUUUAGCUGCAUUUCGGUUAGAGUAAUUUGCAUAUAUAUAAUUUAUAUUAUUUUGUUGUUUUUAAAGAAGUUGAGUCUUGGUCGUUAUGUACAGUUCUAACUGAAAAGAUAACACGCAGGACAGUGUCUCUUUCCUGUAAAGUUGAAAGCACGUCAGUGACAAUACAUGUGAGGAAAAAAACGGUGCUUUUAUAAAACCUUGGAGAGGCGCAGCUUCUAAUCCUCAGAUUCUGCUUACAUGCUGUGUUCGGGAAUGGCAGCCUAAUCAAACUGGUCGUUUGCGGACGAAGACGUCACCGUUUAAUUUCAUUCAAUAUUUUUUCAAUGUCAAAAUCCUCCCUGAAAAUUAUGCCCUCCAUAACCAGCAUUAAUAACUAAUCAUUAAUUUUGAGCCAAGGUUAGACGCAUGUGAAAUAUGUUAUUUAAAUGUUUUUUUUCUUCAUGUUUUUCGGAACUGCAGUCUUCCUGUUUCCGUCAGAUUCGUUUGGAAUGAAUAGCUGUGUACUGUAUGCAUGUUAGAAAUGUACCAGUAGAGGGCGAUAGAAUAAAGCAAGUUACUUACAGCGCUGAACCAAGAAGACAUUCGCAAACGUCACCAGCUUCUGUUAUCAGUGUAGCUUUUUUACAAGGCAACAAAUACCUUUUUUAUAAGAAUGGAAAUUCAAAAAUGUUUUAAUUUUAAUGUAAAGAACCACAAGAAAAUCAAGAAAAUUAUAUUUGUAACAGAGAUAAAAAAACAACAACAAAUGGGAACGGUAUACCCUGUGCGUACGCUUUUUUCCUAGUUGGUUUUGUAAGACAUUACGAUAAUUAUCACAAAUUGUUGCUUAAUUUUAUGAAUCUGUCUUCCUCCAUACACACGUUUUUUUUUUUUACAUUGUACCUUCAUUUCUCUGAUGUGUAGUCGGAUCCCAGCAUGGGGCCGGGCGUCGGCAGCGUGGGGGCGUGGCUGCGUGGGGCCGGGCGUCUGGGGCGUGGCCUCGGCGGGGCGUGCGUCUUGGGCGUGGCUGCGUGGGGGCCGGGCGUCUGCGGCAUGUCUGGCCGCACCUCUCGCUGCUCGCACGUGCUGCUGUAUCUCUAUCUCCGUACGUCUGAUGACCUCUGCUGUCAAAGUCUACAAAAGCCUUGACUUAUUUGCAGAGGCAACAUAAAAGAAGCAAACUUCUACGUCUUUUACUUCAUAAUGAAGUAUCUAUGCUACUUUCUGCUGGCUUAAAUAUAUUGUCUCAUAUACAGACUGAUCUCUUGUACUUUUGGGUAGCAUGAAUGAGAACCCUCUUUCCCAAAGGUGUCUUGUGUAGUUUGACGUUUUCUGUAUACUGUAUACCGUACUGGCCUUAUCGUCGGAUUGUAUGUCUGUGUCUCAUUAGCAGAAUGCUAGGUGUGCGCAUUUCUGUACAGUGGAUGUAACCAAAGUUCCGGUUGGGGUCUUUGCCGCAAUGCUGCCUGCCCUUACCGGCCCCUUGCCCCCUGCCACGGCGUCGGGACGCACUGUUGAUCGCUCCCAAGGCUCCCGCAAACAAUUUUUUAUUUUAUAGGGUGGUUUGGGGAAACUCAUUUACAGUCAUGAGAUAAGUUGCCUGAUUAACCGGUGAACGUGCGCCCAUUGACAUGUGCCACCUGUUUUUUUUUUUCAGGGUGGCUUGGGAAAUUUAUUAAUAUUCAUUAGAGAAGCUACCUGAUUGAUAGGUGAACCCUGUCACAGACAAGGUAAUGUGUCCCUCCAUUUGCAGCGAGUGAAUUGCAUUAAGUGUUCCUGUCCUGACAGCUGUGGGUCAGGACCUCCAUAUCUGGCCUGAGAGGUUUGCGUGAGGCUUUGCAGAAGCACAUCAGCCUUGAGUAGACCCCCCCGGGGUGACAUAUUAAAUGCCACAGUCCCUGUUACUGUCUAACCCUGGCUGCUGUAGCCACUUAGAUUUUUUUUAUUAGUCUGCUGUAUACCCACCCCUUUCUGUUUCUAAAUCCAUUAUUCAGAAAUGUGUUCUCUUUUAAACAUACAGUAUAACUGCGUUUGCAUUAUUUGUUUUUAUUUUUUUUAAGCAUUUUACAAUAACGUCUGUUUGCCUUAUCUGCAGUAUACAGUUGGUAUCAGUAUCACGUGACUGCAGCUGGCUUCCGAUUUAUUCGUAGCCUUUGUGUGAUACGAAUAGUUUUGAUAAAGCAAUAAGGAAGUGGCUUUGUUACUUUGGCAAAUUUAUGUUGUUUGUCUUGCAACAAAACUGAAAGGCAUGUUUCAGAUGAUGGGCAAAUAUAUAUUAAAAGUCUGGACAGUCAUGUGCAGAAUGUCAUAAACUCCAAAAUGAUUAACAAAGAUCAUAUUCCUCUUAUGGUUUAGAUUCCUCACUUUAGUUAACUAUCAAUACGGCACAAAUCCAUCAAAACUACUGCCUAACUAAACUGACUUUGAAUAUUGAAUUGGAUGCACUGUACAUUAAAAGAAGGAUAUUAAUAAAUUAAAGAAGCCAGUCUGUAGUUCAGUGAAAUAGCUUGUUUGUAAAGGGGUUUAUGAUUUCAAUGUGGGUUUGAGAAAAAAAAAAUAAAAA